CCAGUGGUCCAUAGCAGAAUAAUCGUGCCUGCACGGUGGAGGAAGUUUCUCCAUGAGUCAUGCACUAUCAAUGUUUUUACCAAUGGAGAUGUCUUGGUUCCUCCAGCUCGGAUACUUAUACCAAAGUAUACUCUAAGGAGCUGGGAGAGAGUACUGGCCAUGGUGACGGAGAAAGUGCACCUUCGCACUGGUGCUGUGCAUAGAUUGUACACAUUAGAUGGGACCCCAUUAUCCGGCUCAGUGGAGCUAGAGAACAACCACUACUACGUAGCGACAGGAGUGGAGAGGUUCAGGCUCCUACCAUACUCACACUGGGUACCCAGGAAAGGACUCAUCCAAGACAUCGGCCUAGGUGUCCACAGUGACUUUCUACCACCAGUGAUGAGGAAGGGAAAGCAACACACAAGAGAACUGUUUGCAGAUCACAGACAACAGGCAGACUCUGUGUUCUACCCCAAGUCUGAGAGAGAGAGAGCUGCCAUGAAGCAGCAGCCAGUCUCCACCACCUCAACCCCUCUCCUCCUCCUCUCAUCAGGGGAGGACAGUGUGUUCAAAGCCAAAUCAAGGAGGAGGGAGACGGUCGGGGUGGCAGAGAUACAAGAGGAUGGACAACUAACAGUGGACCUGCCAAUCGACCAGGUGGAGGCCAAGGUGGUGGAGGAGCAGUGUGAUGUCAUCAUGGCGUUGUCUCCUCAGCAAGACAGUGGUGGAGGUGAAACGUUCUGCUCUAUAGUACCGAAGUCAGCCAGCUCCAAGAAGGCCUCGGCCAGACUGACCAGUGCCUUUCCUGAGCAGUCAGCACCCCAGGCCGGGCCCCCAGAAACGGGUCGAGUCACCCGAACCCUCACCCACUCCCCCGCAGGGACCAGCCCCACCACACCUACCAGAGACACAGAGCCCCUACAGACACAUGGCAAGACUGAGCCACAGAAUGUAAAGAAAGCCCCCAAGGUGGCGACGAGAGCAGAAGACACAAGACGUCAGUAG